AUGGAGUCGUCUCCCACUGAGCUUUUGGAUCUUCCCUCGGACCCUCUAUUGCUCUGCGCGGGGUCGCUCGAUCUCAGAGAUCUCUCACAUUUGGCGAUGUCAUGCAAGCGCCUUCGACAAAUCGCCUACGCCGAUCCCCUUUGGGAACGCCAAUGCCGAAUCCGCUGGCCGGCCAAGCAAACUACUUCCGGAUUGUUUGAGUUUCUCGGUGGAAGAGAUGAUUACCUCGGCAGGCUCAUUGCGUGUCAGCAGUUUCGAUUCAGGGAUCCUUUCGAGUGGAAACUUUCGCUACCGACGAUGGUCAAGCAGAUUUUGAUCCACGAAGAUGCCAUUGUAGCAGCUCGAGGCUCGGAAGUUCUAGUUGUAAUGCUCAGUUCAUCUGGGUUGAAAGUUCUCAAUGAUCAUAGCGCCAGAAUUAACUGCAUGAGAUUAUUUCCUGUAGGUGGACUUCGCAAUUACUUCAUUGGAGACAACAUUUUAGCUACAUGCAGUGCUGAUCAUACCAUUCGUAUAUGGGGAAAGGGUCGAAGCUUGAGAACUCUUAGAGGUCACUCUGAUGGGGUCAGCGUUAUUGCAGACAGGCUUCUUGGACAAGCAACGGUAAUUGCUUCCGGUGGCAUGGACAGCACUGUGAAACUAUGGAAUUUCAAUGGCGGCCGAACACCAUUACUAACAACGUUAUAUGGUCACGAAUCAUAUAUUAAAGACUUGGCAGUAGCUGGGCACAAUCCUUGUAUCAUGGUUAGUGGAGCCAAAGACUCAAAGCUGCGAGUAUGGGACACAAAUACGGCAACUUGCGUUGGAGCUGCCAAAGGUCCCGCUUCCUUGACGAGUCUCAAGUCGUUCCAGUCCAUUUGCUACGCUUCAGGAGGCUCUACCGUUGCAGCGCUUGAUCUAAGAACGAUGAAAACUGUUGCGACGAUUGAUCACCCCGGUGGAAUCUGUGCUACUGCGCUAUCUUCUUCAGGAAAGCUUCUGUGCACUGGAGGCAACGACAGGACUUGCAAGCUAUGGGACACUAGAAGCAACCAUCAGGCUCUCGCAGAACUCUGCGGCCACGACAGCCCCGUGCACUUCCUUCACCUUGACGACGUUAAAGUUGUCACUGCAGGCCCCGACGACACUGUGGUAAACGUCUGGGAUUCUAACCAUGGGACUCUGGUAUCAAGCUUCGACCAGGGGUCUUGCACGACCGCUCUAGCAAGUCAAGGUCCCAGACUUGCAAUCGCAACCUCAUCAAGCACCACGCGGCUCCUCUCAUACAGAGAUUUUUCGAACUGCACGGAAUCCACGGACCAAGCUGCCGGAUCAGAGAGCUCAAAGUUUUGGGAUAUGUGAAGCUGCCUUGGGCUGGAUCAACACAGCUAUGCUCAUUCAUCGGUACAGAAGAAGCAGUACAAAAAUGUUAUCAAGGUUUGAGACAGUUUACAACAUCACCUAACUUGGGACUGGUUGCUGCUCGUAGAUCUGCAUGUAAGGCUCGAACAACGCAACUAGUUGCGGCAGUAUACUUUCCAGACACAGGUCUUGGAUCUGGUACCACGCACCCUCGCAUUUGCUGUGGACAAGAGCUCGAUACGAACCGGACAUGGCUGUGCCAUCGGGUGGCAACGAGGUCAUACUUCGAUCCACUGUGACGAUCAGGCAGUGGGAUUUGGUCUCUCAGCUCCAAGUUCUUCUCUGGAAAGUUGAUGAGGUAUCCUCUUGCAAUUUUCGAACUUCUUGGUGGCGAAACGUCCCAUAUGGAGCAAGAGGUUCAUUGCUAGCCUUGUCACCCGGUAGCGCUUCUGUGCUGGCUGUGGCCUCAGACAAUCGGUCACGGUCUCUCCAUCAAACUUCCUCAAGAGCGUCGCGAGUGGGACUCGUGGGAUGAUUUUCCCCUGUAUUGGAUCCUUGAACAGCGGUGGCGGUGGCAAGUCGAGUCCGAGGCCUAGAAAUGGUACGCAACGAACCUCCGGCUUGUGAGUUCUGGUCGGGAUCACCGUGGUCUCUUCGAGCUCGCCUUGGAAGCACUGGAAGACGAUGCUGCUGUUGGGGAUCUUGGUGCCGCCGAGAUCUCUGUGGAGGGCGUCCAGGAGCCAGAAGCGCACAGGAUCUGAGGGCUUCCCAAUGCCAAACCGCUACCGCUUGCAUGAACUCGUGGGGACUUAUGUGACACUUGAAGCUCCUCAUGUUCCAGAUCCUCCUUGUCAACUCACCAAAGGUGUGGACAAGCCGGGACGUAGUAAAGCUUAUGCAAUUCUCUUGGACCAGGAAGAAAUCUCAGAGUGGUAUUAUUUUCGUAAUAACAUUGGCAUAAUUGGUGUUAUUGAUAUUAUUUAAACUUCGCUGAAAUGAA